UCGUUUUAUGAUAGCUUUGGUGGUCUGUUUGACGGCUCAACCGUUUGUCCAAUCGGGCAAAAUAGUGGAGAUUCCGGGCACUGACUGUAAUCUCGCUCAUGGAGUGCAACAUUUAUUUGACCUGGCCGGCAUGAAAGUGGAAGAUAUGGACAAGGUGAGAGUGGAGUUGUGUAAGACAUGUGAACCAUGUUGUAAAUCAAUACAACUCGUUGAGGAUCUGCUCAAAGAAGCUUAA